UCGACGCCGACGAUGACUACGAGAGGCUGCAGGGCGCGAAUUGCGCGCUCGGUCACUGCCAGGUUUCGGAUGGAUCCGCCGAGCUCGCCGGAAGGUCCACUCGAAAGAGGAAGGACCAGAUCGAUGAGGACGACGACGAUAACAAUAUCGACUGUGAAAACGAUAAUGCGCAGGAGAAUGAAGACCAAGACCCCUCCUCGCAGAAGAAGGCGAGGGUCGUUUGGUCUGUCGAGCUGCACCGCAAAUUCGUGGCUGCCGUUAAUCAGCUGGGAAUAGAUAAGGCUGUGCCUAAGAAAAUACUGGAUCUUAUGAAUGUCGAGAAACUUACGAGGGAAAAUGUUGCGAGUCAUUUACAGAAGUACAGGUUAUACCUAAAAAGACUAAGUGCCGUAGCAAGUCAACAAGCUAGCAUGGCAGCCGCCUUCGGAGUUAGAGACCCAUCCUAUCUACAUAUGGGGGCAUUGGAUGGCUUUAGCAACUACCAGUCGUUGGCACCGGCUUCUGCUCACCUCCCGGCCCUUACAUCCUUCCAACCUAGUGGCCUUCUAAACAGAACAAAUCCGGCCCGAUUAGGACUUCCGGGACUUUCUCCUGCUGGAAUUGUCCCAGUUGGGUGCAUUCAGAAUAACGCCAUCAGCAAUCCUAUCGACAAUCUUGGUAAUCUUAGUAAAUUUCAAUGCAUAACAGAAAACCAACAUGGGAAUUUGCUACAGGGAGUGCCCUCGACACUGGAACUUGACCAAUUGCAACAAAGCAAGAGGGUCCAAGAAGCAAAUAAUGGCUUUCCUAAUGGUUUUUCUGGAAAUGGACUCGCCAGUGCUAGUUGCAGCACACCCUUCAUCAACACAACAAACAAUCCUUUGUUGUCGCAAUCGCAGACGCAGCUAUUCCAAUCCAGAGGAUUAGGAAGCCAUUCUUCAAUGGGGUUUCCUCUGAUAAAUUCCGAAUCUUCUCAGGGGACUCUCAGAGUUGCUUCUUCUAACUUGUCUUUCAACCACGAUAAUUUAUCAAACAUUGGAAACAAUUUCUCUACGGUCUCACAUAUAGAGAAUAACCCAAUAAGCAUAUCGGCAUCCAGUUUGCUUGGAGGUUCGCCUUACGAUUCUAUGGCAGGAAGAAAUUUGCAAAAUGACUCCAGCUUUCUUGGCGGAAACAUGAUACAUAGUCAUGUGACAAUUGACGAAAAGCCGAAAAUUUUGAACUUCGGAGCAGCAGGCAGCUUCAAACAGAAAACGGAGGAGCUGAAACAAGGGCUUAAGAAUGAAGCAAAUCAAGUAUUCAGUGCUUUUGCUGGUGCAUCACAACCGACGAGUCAUAUAAUUGAUCCUAAUCCAAUUAACAGAUUGGAAAAAUCGAACAUUAACGGAAAUACAGAUAUGGGUUUGUUUGGCCAGGCAAGCAUUAGUGCUCCAGUUCUUCCGCCAAGGUAUAGGAUUGAUAAUAAGCCAACUACAGAUGGUCAGCUAAAUUUCAAGGAUGAGUUCCUUUUGGGUAGCUCAAGGCUGCAGGGUGGAUUCACUUCUAAUGGUUGCAACUUUGACGAUUUGGUUAGCUCCAUGAUCAAGCCGGAGAGGGACGACCUUAUGUUCGUGGAUGGCGACAUCGGAUGCGACUUUUAUCCUCUAGGCGCUUGCAUUUGAAGGCUCCUAUAUAUUGGUUUAUUUGGGUGCUUGUUUAGGUAGAGAGUUUGUAUCAUUAUGUAACGUCGGGCUCAGCCGUUAGUUACUGUCUCUGUUCAUCUUUCUCCUUUCUUCGGAGUGAACUAAUCUGAGUGUUUGUACAGAGUAGAUAGAUGGUUGAGAGCUACUAACUCGAGUCGUAUCGUAGAUCGUCGUCUCUUUGUUUGAUUUUUCACUCUGUUAUAAAGCGCGAGAGGUGGAUCCGAAGUAAUAAUUUGACACUUUUAAGUAGUGAUAGUGAUGAUUUUGUUCUUUGGUGUGUUCCCCGGUUUGUUUUCUUUGAUGAAUUUAAAAGAAAAUGUUCCUAAUACUUA